AUGCUGAACCAGCUCAAUCGCCGCAGGGACACGGCAAAGUCGUUCAUUCGGAGGCCUAGCACCGUAUCAGAGGAUGAAACGUCCGUGGAUGUAUCCUCCGUGGCCCCACCGCCCUUGCAGAGCUCCACUGCCAUAUACAGGGGCCGGUCUCUCUACCGUCCAGAGCGCGGUCACGCACGAGCGCCUCUUCUUAAUCCAGAAGGCGAACCGGAUGAUCCAUUUUCCGUGUCUCAUAAGCCUCGUUGGUGGCGAAUGUGGUGGCAUUAUCUUGCACUUAUAUGCACAUUUUGGGCACCUGCACCUCUUCUAUCACUUAUUGGCCUACAUACUGCUGCUGUGCGGCAGGCAUGGCGCGAGAAAAUAACUUUGGUCCUCCUAUCAUGUUCACUGGGUGGUAUUAUCGCAUUUAUUACUGUGGGACUACAACGUACGCUUUGUGGCGAUCAAGCGGAGGGCGUAUUUGUUAAUGUUAAGCGUGCAUCCGGCUAUGUCGGCGUCUUGGGCGAGGCCUACAGCACCGCUAAUUCGAAAUUCCCAGAAGCAUUCAUCUAUGAUCAAAUUCGAGAGCAUAGUGGUCUUGAUGUAUCGCAGUUUUUUGAAUUCUCUGAGGAUGCUUUCCCAGCAUGCAAGAAUAUCAACACAACCGUGGCCAAACCACUAGACUGUGCUGAUGCCGACGGGAAAAAAAUCAGAUGUCUGGACAAGCUUCGCGUCGAUAAUUUAGAGUCCGAUCUUGGUCUCAAGAAAGUAAAUCAACAUAUUGGCUACGACUGGGAAGACCUUGUUAACGGCACUGGCAAGCUACUCGCCAUCGACGGAUAUGUGCUAAAUUUUAAUGCCUACCUCGCCACAUAUACAAAACCCAUACCUAAUGAUCCCGUCGACAAAGUGAUCCGCAACUUCUUUUCCCCUUCAUCUAACUACACAGACAUGUCUGAUGCCACGCGCCUAUUUACCAUCGACAAGCUUGCUCGUGAUGCUAUACCUUGCUUGAAGCAACGAUACCAGGCGGGUCGUGUAAAUUACAAGACCACCGGCUGUUUCAUGGCUGACCUCAUUCUUUAUAUAUCCUUGAUUGUAAUUCUUGGCCUCGUAUUUGCACGUACCAUCAUGGCUGUUUGGUAUGCCUUUGUUGGAUCGCGCCGCUUGGCUAGCACGCCACCACCACCAGGCAAGUUCUCAGCUACAGGUAUGCGGCGUCCGCGACCAAAGUCGCAUGUUGCCAUGCCUGACGGCGCAACACAUGAAAACUCAAUGGGUGUUGCACCAUGGGCCCAAAAAGGUAUAGUGACACCUACGCCGGCCUCAAGUAAAAACUUGCCAAAUAACAAUGUGUCGCUCAUGACACCUGCCUCCAUGACACCUGAAGAUAUUGGCAAUGAUCCAUACAUUGUUUGUCUGGUGACAUGCUAUUCAGAGGGUCUUGAUGGUAUUUCUGCUACUCUAUCGUCUCUGAGCGCGACGGAAUAUCCUACAAACCGCAAACUUAUCUUUGUUGUCGCUGAUGGUAUGAUCACGGGCAAGGGUGAGUCUAUGAGCACACCGGAUGUGUGCGUCAGUCUUAUGACCCCUGACAUGCGCUUUGGCACACCCACGCCAAUGAAAUAUCGCUCGGUUUCAUCAGGUAAGAAAGCGCAGAACAUGGCGCUUGUUUACGCUGGCCAUUAUCAAGACCCUUCUGGUGGUGAGUCUGUGCCGAUGGUUGUGGUGGUCAAAUGCGGUAUGCCUGAAGAGGCCGCUGGUCAAAAGGCAGGAAACCGCGGUAAACGUGACUCCCAAAUGGUCCUAAUGAGCUUUUUCCAACACGUUACAUACAAUGAUCCCAUGUCGCCCUUGGACUAUGACUUGUUCCGAAAAAUUCAUGCAUUGAUGGGUGUAACGCCAGACUUUUUUGAGAUGGUCCUUAUGGUUGAUGCUGACACCAAGGUUCAUCCACCAGCGCUUCGUUAUUUGGCUAAUGCCAUGCUGAAUGACCACCGGAUUAUGGGAGCGUGUGGUGAGACGCGAAUCCAAAACAAGCUACAAAGCUGGGUCACAGCGAUACAAGUGUUUGAGUAUUUCAUUUCGCACCAUCAGGUCAAGGCAUUUGAAGCUGUUUUCGGUGGUGUCACAUGUUUGCCUGGUUGCUUUAGUAUGUACCGUAUCAAAGCGCGCAAGCCUGGCUUCGACGAUUGGAUUCCUGUGAUCGUGAAGCAAGAUAUCAUUCGCGAAUACAGUCAAACGAUCGUCACGACUCUGCAUCAAAAGAACUUGCUAUUGCUUGGCGAAGAUCGAUUUCUCAGCACCCUCAUGCUACGAACCUUUCCCCACCGCCGUAUGGUGUUCGUACCACAUGCCGUGUGUCACACCGAGGUACCACAUACGCUUCGCAUGCUCCUGUCACAACGACGUCGCUGGAUUAAUUCGACCGUGCAUAACCUUAUGGAGCUUCUGUUGGUGCGAGAUCUGUGCGGCACUUUCUGUUUUUCGAUGCAAUUCGUCGUACUUAUGGAUCUGAUUGGUACUCUUGUUCUGCCCGUGGCUAUUUCACUCACAUACUACCUUAUCAUCAUGUCGGCCAAAGACCCGCCCAAGGACUUCACAUCUGCCAUCCCACUCAUGAUGCUUCUUGUCGUUCUUUUCUUACCAGGAUUUAUCAUUGCUAUGGUGCGCUUCAGCCCUUCCCAUGUAAUUUGGCUUGUCAUCUAUCUAAUUUUCUUGCCUGUGUGGAAUUUUCUUCUUCCCGCGUAUUCAUUUUGGCAUUUCGAUGACUUUUCUUGGGGUGAGACACGUCGAAUAGAGGGUGAAACGAAGAGUGGGGCUCAUGAAACUUCGGAAGAAGGUUACCAUGCUGCUCUCGAGGUGCCGAUGCGAUUGUGGACUGAAUGGGAAACGUCGCGAAUUCGCAAGCAGGAGCGCAAUGCACGGCGGCGCCAAGAAAUGGAGCAUCAGUUUGGGGGCGGCUUUCACAAUGACGUCGAUCCUCGGCAUGAUGCGGGUCUUCGCCUCGCUGAUCUCGAUCGGCCAUGCUCGCCCAUGUCACAGGAAACAUCAGAAGAUCAAUGGGGCGAUCAUAUCGAUGGCUAUGACGAGAAUGCGCCUUUGCCCGACCUCAUGCAUUCUGCGCGCCCCUUAUCUAUGAUUGCAGCGCAAGGCGGCGGUACAGUUCAAGAUGAUGACUUGGAAAACAUUCUACAGGGCGGUUGGGAUGAUGAUGGCUCCAUAUCAUGGGAAAAACGGAGGCCGCCUCCGCUCAUCAGUGCAGCCAACGAUUCGAUUGUAUCCUUCCAGGGCGAGUCAGAUCCGCUGGCGGGCUUGACACCCGUGCGUUCAUCGGUUGAUUUGGGCGCCAGCUUACCUAGCUUGGCACCAUUUGAUGAUGGAUUUAACUCCCACGAAAUGACGCCGGCUGCCUCAUCGGCAGUUGAAGAACGCCGCACACAUGUCCGCAACCGCUCUUCCGGUCCGUCGCGCCCGCUAUCCAAGGUCCGCUUUUUCCAUUGA